GCAGUUGGCGGUCAGUCUGGGAGCGGGGACCUACCGACCGGGACCGGGCCUCAACGGCAGCCGCACCAGAACCGCUCCUAAUGGGCCUAUCUGCAGUGUCUGGCAUGAGUGAAAAUCCAGACUAACGACAGGAGUGGGAUGGCUCAAGCCUUUGAACAGAGAGGGUUAGGAAAGGAGCUGGUAGAUGACUUCACUGCACCUGCAGACAAGAAAGAGCUCCUAGAGCGAAGCUGUCUUGUGGUGCAGGCCCUAUUCCCAGUGCUAUUCACUGUGCAGGGCUCGCUGGACAUCCAAGGUCCAAACCAUGAGGACAAGGAAAAACCAGUUCGAAUCUGGCUGCAAAUCAGGGGCGAGAGAGAGGCUGUGCGCAAGGCCAAGGAAUAUGUCAAAGGCCUUUGCGAACCCGAAAUGGAAGAGAAGGAAAGGUAUCCAAAUGAAAUGCACUGCAUCUUUGCCGGGGCCCGGGGCUUGUUUCUCAAUCGUCUCAUUCAAGAUACUUACGCCAGCAUCUCUGUACUUGAGAUCGGUGUCCUUAGUAUUAAAGGAGGCAUGGAGCCAGUGGUGAUGGCUCAGAGCCACAUACAGCAGUUUGUCCGACUUUUUAAGAAUAAUGAAAGUUUGCACCAUGACAAGGAGCCAGAUGUUAAGAGAAAGUUUAAGGAUUUUGUUGAAGCUCAUGCAGAUAAAUACACUGUUGAUCUGUUACUUCUACCCAGUGCACUGAAGGAGGAACUCUUACAUCUGACAAUGGAUGACUCAUGUGGCAAGGACGAUCAUCUUUUAAACUGUGACCUGAUCAUUUCUAAAACAAAGUGUGAAAGUGAGCAGGAGACAUGUAGAGAUCAAGCAGGGACUCUCAUCACAGAGCUGACUAGUCAGCUGGAUUCAGUCUUUUCAAGUGUUUCGGAAACAAAACCAGGAACCGUAAAUGGGACAUCUUCGCCUACAGAACGUCUGUCUGUUAAAAGGCGUUGUUCUGAAAACGAAGAGCGGUGUUCAAAGAAACCCUUCUCGUUGGAAGCUAUACAAGUCGAUGGACCAGUCGUCCGAACUACUGAACCUAUUCCAGUAAUUGAUUUGAUUUCUGAACCUUCUGACUUGGAAGACUCUGUGAUACUUGUGGAAGGUGAAGACAACAUCAGCACAGAAACAGAAUAUAAAAUCCUUGUGAACUUUUUUAAAACCAUGGGUUAUUCCGAGGAGGUAGUUAAAAAGGUAAUUGGGGAUCUUGGACAGUCAGAGGAGCCUUUGAAACUCCUGGAAGAAAUAGAGAAGGAAACAAACAAAGUGCCUGAUUUGCCUAAAAAUUCUGCAAACAGAUCCAACUCGUGUCCAGUAAUAUCUAAAGAAUGUUUGACUGUGUCAGCUAUUGGCACCCCCAUAGCAGAAUCCCGCCCAAGCCAAGAGGUCCCCCUUGAUGGUGAAUUGAGCAAUAGCUUUUCAAAUGGAAACAUAAUUUCAAAGCCUAAUACUAGGGUAAAUGCACCGUAUUGUGCAAUUGCUUCUCGAAAGCCACGGUUGGAGGUAGAAAGGAAAACACUGAAAACUUUUGAUUUUGUUGCAAGGGGCACAUCUAGUCCUCCACGUAUACAGAUUGCUGACAGGGCAGGAACAUCCAAUAUGCCUCCUGUCAAAUCUACCAAUAAGCUUCCGUAUGACCCUGUGCCCACUACAAAGGUAGCGACAGCUGCCCCUAUCGAGAGACCUUAUAGACAUCCGAAUGAUCCACCUGUUACCGGAGUCCAGAUAUUUCUUAAUGGCAUUAAAGUUCCAUAUCGACUAGAACUGAUUAAUGAGCCAGGAAGGAAAGAUCUAAAGCACAUCAUUAUCGAUGGAAGCAAUGUGGCCAUGAGUCAUGGUUUGAAAAGAUUCUUUUCUUGCCGGGGUAUUGCAAUCGCUGUGGAGUAUUUUUGGAAGAAGGGCCAUCGGAACAUUACAGUAUUUGUACCCCAGUGGCGAACCAAGCGUGAUCCAAAUAUAACCGAGCAGCACUUCCUGCAGCAGCUGCAGGAGCUGGGAAUUCUAUCAUUCACGCCAUCCAGGACCGUCCUGGGCUCUCGGAUAGCCUCACACGAUGACAGGUUUUUGUUGCACCUUGCGGAGAGGACACAAGGCAUCAUUGUGACCAAUGAUAACUUCCGGGAGUUUGUGGCUGAAUCGCCUGUCUGGAGAGAGAUCAUUAAAGAGCGGUUACUGCAGUACACGUUUGUUGGCGAUCUCUUCAUGGUCCCAGAUGAUCCUUUGGGAAGAUAUGGGCCUAAACUGGAUGAUUUUCUUUGCAUCCUUCCUGAUACUCGUAUGACCGUCCCUAGCGGUAAUCCAUUCAAGAGAGGAGUGAAUCUUCCGAAUGCCAUCUGUGCCCAGCCGAAACCCACAAUAUCAUAUGUCUGUGAGCCCCAGCGCUUUCAUUUAGGGGAAGAGACCCCAGCUGUCAGUCCAGCACUACAAAACCCAUCACGGCCUCCUCCUGUCACUCCCCCCCAGAGAAGUGUCCACGAAACCUCUCAACUAAAAGAUGCACUUUUAAAGAUUUUUCCUGAAUCUGAGCAGCAUCAGAAGAUUAAUCAGAUACUGUCUGCGCAUCCCUACAUGAGAGAUCUGAACGCCUUGUCUGCUAUGGUGCUGGAUUGAAAAGAUUCACUUCUAACUGACAUUGUUUAACAACAAAACAGACAUUUUGGUUAAGAUUGUGAUUAGCCCAUAUCUUUGUAUUAAUAGAAACUACAGGAGGUUUUAUGAAAAUGUUUUUUUUGUGGGUGAUAAAAUUCCUUAAAGGGAUGUCAUUUUGUAGCCUGUUUAUAGAGACUGUGUAAAUAUUUUUUGUUUAACUAUUUAAGUUUUGUUUAAAAAAAACAAACAAACAAACAAAAAACCCUAUCACUUCUAUGUGAGAUUAUACAGAAUGUACAUGAAAAAUAGCAAAUGCUAAAUGUAUCCUCUCUGGGUAAAACAUUUUAUGUUCGAGCUGGGAUCAAAGCAGUAGCCCGUCUUACAGUGGAACUGUCUGGAUAUAUUGCCGUUUAACGCGCUGUGGAUUCCUGAUCUGUAUUGUCUGUAUCCCUUUAGUGGGAGAGAAGAGACCUCAGUAUCUCUUACACUGACGUUUAGUGAACCUCACAGCUUUAAAAAGCGGUGUAUACAAUUAUAACAUCAAACGUUAAUUUUGAUGGUGAUUAUUUUUUUUUUCCUUUUUAAAACGUUAAAUAAUUGCUGGUUCAGUCUGUUGAGUACAGAUUGUUUGAUAUUCUCCUGCUGGUCCCUGACAAUGGCUGUCUGCUAAUUACACAUUUGAUGGAAAGCAAGAGGCACAGAAUAUCCUGUAUUUUAAUAUAGGUUUUAAACACCACCGCAGAUGCUGGAUUCAUUCUGGAGACUGCGUGCCCCUUUGCACAUGGUGAUUGGGGUGGGGGAACUUUGUAACAUUGGAUUUAGUCACGGAGGGUUAGGGCAUGAAAAUAAAAGGCUCCUUAUCUAUCCUAGCUAAACCCUUAACCCAACAAAACAUAUUAAACUCCCACAACCACAAAAUAACAUUUCUAAAUCGGUACUGGCUGUGUUUGGUGCUUGGAAAGGAAUCUGCACUUUCUAGAUGAGAAUCUUCUCCAACAAGAAUGAUCGACUUUGUGCUAAAUUUAACAGAAGGUGAUUAGAAUGGGGUGUAGCUGGAGGUAUUUACUGCAACGCCAUUUUAUAUGGGUUUAAGAUGGAGCGGGAGCUUUGGAUGCUAACCCACUAGUUUGACGCUGUUGUCAUUUGUCAAUGUUUGUGGAAGGGCAAAUUUUAAUUUAACGUGUUGUAUGAUGUACGAAUCGCAUUGCUUAGGCAGUAAGCAUUUUAUUUUUACAGGUAUAAAUAUCGUAAAAUAGAUGUUUGUAUGUUUAAGGCCUUUACCGUCGCAACAUGCAAAGGUUCUAGCGUUCAGUGUGAGUGUGCCUUCCUGUGCCAAACCUGUUUGAUGUACAUUUGCUGUAAGCACUAGAAGAUACCGAUUUAAUCAGAGAUGGAAUUAUUGUGUGGAGGGGACAUGUAGUGAGUGACAUUUCUAGAGUAUCUCCACAUUGAUGGCAAGAUAAUCGUCAAACAUAGCUCUGAUAUCUGUACAUGCCAGCUGGUGGUUAGUGUGGGAUAGCUUUUUAUAUAAGUCAAUGGCUGAGACCCAAUGAUUACCGGAUUAUCCAGUCCAACAAUACAUUACCCUGCUUAGAUGUAGCUCAUUUUGCAAGUGUGCAAAGUUUAGAGGUUUAUUCAUUAAAUAAUGAAUUCUGAUCAGUUGACCCACUGCAGUGCAAACCUAGGUUCAAUCAUUAACACACAGAUUUUCUAUUUUCCCCCAAUCUCUCCUAUUUUGCCUUGCGUCGUAAACCCAUAGCACUGUUCCUUAAUAUGAUAAAAGCUCUGUGAACUACAUGUGGAAAUGUAAUAUAAAGCAUGAGCUGGUGUGGAAAAAGCCAACAAUGCUAAUAGCAUUAGUAGUUCUCCUUCUAAUGGGAUUGUUACCAGCAUGUGAUUACCAAAGGAAGCUCGGCGUUUAUACCAAAUUACCAGAGUUUGGCUACUUUGGCCCAGAGUUUGAAUUUCCUGCAUUAGUGAAAACUUUGGCCAUUCACGUUUCUUUUCCUUUAAAAGACUGAUCCCACGGGGUUUGAACACUGUGCACGGCCUGACGUACGCUGUCUUUAAAUAAACCGCUCAUCGUGCGCAAUGGAUUUACCAGGAUCCCACCAGAAUUUAUUUUGUGUAAUCUGACUGGUUCUGUUUCUAAUGUUUGAGAGGAAAAAGUAUAAAUGUUUAUUUUGAAUAAAAAGUCAACCAAAA